UUUUUUUCAGAGCAGUUGAACAGAUUUGCAGGCUUUGGUAUUGGCCUUGCAAGCCUAUUUACAGAAAAUGUGUUGGCACAUCCUUGCAUUGUUCUACGUCGUCAGUGUCAGGUCAACUAUCAUGCUCGGAAUUAUCAUCUCACUCCAUUUACUAUUGUCAAUAUUAUGUACAGCAUCAAUAAGACACAGGGUCCAAGAGCUCUCUGGAAAGGAAUGGGCAGCACUUUCAUUGUUCAGGGCAUAACCCUGGGAACAGAAGGCAUCAUCAGUGAAUUUACACCUUUGCCAAGGGAGCUUUCGCAUAAAUGGAACCUCAAGCAGAUAGGUGGACACCUUCUACUUAAAGGUUUAACACAUGUGAUAGCAAUGCCUUUUUAUUCUGCAAGCCUGAUUGAAACUGUACAGAGUGAAAUAAUUCGAGACAAUCCUGGCAUACUGGACUGCGUGAAAGAAGGAAUCGGCAGAGUUGUAGGCAUGGGAGUACCCCAUAGCAAACGUCUCCUUCCUCUGAUGGUCUUGACUUUUCCAACUGCUCUACAUGGAGUUCUUCACUAUGUCAUCAGUUCCAUUGUCCAGAAGCUUGUUUUGUUUGUUCUGAAAAGGGAUAAUUCCCACAACCUUCCAAGUGAGAGCUCCACUUCUGUGCAGAGCAUGCUGGAUGCGUAUUUUCCAGAACUUAUUGCUAGCUUUGCUGCUAGCCUUUGUGCGGAUGUCAUGCUUUAUCCACUGGAGACAGUUUUACACCGCCUUCAUAUUCAGGGGACACGCACAAUAAUUGACAAUACAGACCUGGGCUAUGAAGUGCUUCCGAUCAAUACUCAGUAUGAGGGAAUGAGAGACUGCAUAAAUACUAUAAAACGGGAAGAAGGAAUGCUGGGUUUUUAUAAAGGAUUUGGAGCUGUUAUAGUACAGUAUACCUUGCAUGUGGCAGUGUUACAGCUUACCAAAAUUAUUUACUCAACACUGCUUCAAAACGUUUCUUAAUCUGUUCAGGUGUGAAU